UUUACGGUAGGUCGAAGCUAUUCGGAAAGCGGCAGAUUGAGUCUGCGCGUAGAGUUGAAACAUUCUGCAGGUUGUUGCAGUCCGUUAUGAAUACAUUUCAGCCAUAAAUCACUGCAUCAGGAUCUCGGUAAAGGUCUGAUAUUGUAGGCACACAGACAUAAUAGCGCCGACGUGAUGCUGGCUCUCAGACCGCUGCUUUCCCAAGCGCGUCUGUCCCGGACCGCGGGCUCCUUCCACACCGGCGCUGCCUGCUGCGCAGCCAAAGUGGCCGUGGUUCUUUCUGGAUGUGGGGUGUAUGAUGGGACUGAAAUCCAUGAAGCUUCUGCGAUCCUGGUGCAUCUCAGCCGGGGUGGAGCCCAAGUGAGGAUGUUCGCGCCCGAUGUAGCCCAGAUGCACGUUAUAGACCAUGGCAAGGGCCAGCCUGCUGAGGGGGAAUCCAGGAACGUGCUGUCUGAAUCGGCCCGCAUCGCUCGGGGCAGCAUCAGUGACCUGGGUCACCUGGACGUCAGUAAUCACGAUGCCGUCAUCUUCCCCGGGGGCUUCGGCGCCGCCAAAAACCUCUCCACCUUCGCAGUAGAUGGGAAGGACUGUGAAGUGAAUAAGGACGUGGAGCGUGUUCUGAUGGAUUUCCACAAAGCUGGCAAACCCAUUGGGCUCUGCUGCAUCUCCCCCGUACUGGCGGCUCGGGUUUUGGGGAAGGUGGAGGUCACCGUGGGCCACGAGGAAGAGGAGGGUGGGAAGUGGCCGUACGCUGGGACUGUCCAGGCCAUCAGAGCGCUGGGAGCCAAACACUGCGUCAAAGAUGUCACCGAGACCCAUGUGGACCAGAAGAACAAAGUUGUGACAGCUCCAGCCUUCAUGUGUGAUACUCAGCUGCACCUGAUCUUCGACGGCAUCGGCGCCAUGGUGAGAGACGUGCUCAGGUUGAGCGGGAAGUAAAGGCCGUCACAAGAGUGGCCCUGCAGAUGAUAGAGCCCGGAUUAGUGUAUCUCAUUAGGCUUUUGUUGGUAAGAACUCUGCUGUGUGGCUGGUUGAUACGCUCCUUGGAAAGGCCUUGAACUGCAGUAAUUAUAAUCAAUCUUGUAAUUAACAUGACUGACCCAUUCACCAAGUGUGUGAUUUGCCUAAGUGUUCACGAGAGGUGCUGCUUGAAUAUUAGCAGGAUAAGCUAGCGAAUUCGCACGUAGGCUGUUUCAUAGACAAAAUCCAAACUUACUGGGCAUCCCGUAUAUGUGACUUAGAUGGAUCAUUAUGUUGAUCUUAUUACUUUCAGUGUGUAAUUACUCAUCUGGCAAUGAAAGUGUAAAAUGCUCUUGUUGUGAAGGACAUGUGGGGUGUGAUUUUCUCUGACAUCUGCAAUAAAACUGAACAGCAGUACGGAGA